AGUGUAGGGUGUCAGAGGCUGGACUGCAGUCAACGUUACAAAUGUAAGGGGAGGACAAAUCAAGAGGCUAUCAGAAGAGUCAACACACAAGGAAGAAGACCACCACUGAUUAAGCGGGUGUUCCUAAGGACUGACUGUAGAUCAGGUGUCCAGAUGAGAGAGUGGAGUGAGUCGGAGAUGACCAUGUCUGCCGGUGGUUACCUCUCCGCCUUUGAUGGAUACGGCAUCUCCGAGCCUCUGCAGUACUACGAUGUGCUGGGGGACCCUUUGGGCUACUCUUUCCAGGAGCCAGACCUACAGGGCCUAGCCUUCAGCCAACAGCAGUACAGCCCUGUCAACCUGCAAUUCUCUGUCUACGAACCACCGUCCUCCCAGCCAUGCCACCCACCCUACACCCACCCCUACAGUCCCCACUGCCUGGAGGCUCCCUGCGAGCCCAGCCCGGAGCCCCAGUGUGGAGGCCUGGGGAAGGGGGGUGGCGGAGGUCUGCCCCUGGUCAAGAGGACCAGGCUGGGCCCUGGAGGGCGGGUGAGGGGCCUGGAUGAGCUUUGUGUGGUGUGUGGAGACAAAGCCUCUGGCUACCAUUACAAUGCCCUCACCUGUGAAGGCUGCAAAGGUUUUUUCCGAAGGAGUGUGACAAAGAAAGCAGUGUACCGGUGUAAAAGUGGCGGAGGCUGUGAGAUGGAUAUGUACAUGCGGAGGAAGUGCCAGGACUGCCGCCUGCGGAAAUGUCGUGCUGUGGGCAUGCUAGACGAAUGUCUGCUGACCGAGGUGCAGUGCCAGUCAAAGAGGCUGAGGAAGGGAGCCAAGCACAGAGGAGGAGGGCCUGAGGAGGAGGAGAACAUGGAGAGCAGGAGCGUCAGCUCCACCAACAGGCUGCUAGGACAGGUGGUGUCUGCAAAUCUGUCAAGAGAACAGAAUCAUGUGCUGGACAGGAUGGUGGAGGCUCUUCGGCAGUACAGGGCGCAGUACACUGUACACUGUAGGGUGUUUGAGUGGACUUGUACAGAGGAUGGUGGAGACAGACUAAUGGACGUGGCCUCCCCUCCCUCUCAGAGGCUGCUGCAGUUUGCCAAGAGUGUACCUGGCUUUGAGCUCCUGAACUGCUCGGACCAGAGCACCCUCCUCUCUAGUUCCUCUGUAGAAGUCAUGUUUCUGCUCUCAGCGCAGCAGUUCACCCAAAACCCGGCAGCCUAUAGUCCAGCACUACAGCCUUUCAACAUCUCAACUCAUCAUUGGCUGAAAACCUUGGAGUCCAAGGAAAACAUUCAUAGUGGGACUGGCCCUCUAAACCCAGGAGUCAAUGAGGACCUGCUUGGACCGGUGAUCAACUUCUUCCACAGCAUGGCAGCAUUGGGGGUGACCGAGGCUGAAUAUGCCCUGCUCACUGCUACAGUACUGCUAUGCUCAGCAGACGAAGCGUCGCUGCGGGCGGUUGCGUGUGUGGAGAGUUUACAGGAGCUGAUCCUCGAGCUGCUGUCCAGGGUGUGCGGAGCCUGGUGUGGAGCCCAGGGCCCUCAGGGAGCCCAGCGCUUCGCUCGCCUGUUGGGGAGACUCACAGAGCUGCGCACGCUACAACACAACCACCUCACCCUGCUCCGACAGCAGCCCUGACACGGAACCCAAACCGGCUGCGCACGUGCGCCAUCGUGCGCUAUCGUGCAUACAUUUAUUUUGCCCCCCCACAC